AUGAAGCUCUUAGCAGGUAUUUUGGUGUUGGUUGCCAACCUGGUUGCUGCGUUCGCAGCGGGAACUGUCGUGCCCACUCCAUCAUGCAAUUGUCCACUAAUCAUUUCCACCGUCUGCGGCACGAACGGUCGGACCUUCAGGAAUACCUGUUUUCUCGAAUGCGCAAGCAAGCAAAAUACAAACAGCGGUCGACCACCAAUUUACGUCCAGAAGUACGGCGUAUGUGCCGUAGAAAAAUGUGAUUGUCCAGCUGAUCUAAGACCAGUUUGCGCUAGCGAUGGAAAUACUUACAACAAUGUGUGCACAUUGCGGUGUCAAAAUGGCAUACGGUUUGCUGUAGGACAACCGCCCUUAACAAAACUUUACGACGGGCCUUGUAAAGACUGCAGUUGUCCAAAGAACUAUGACCCAGUAUGUGGAAGCGAUGGAAAGACCUACGGAAAUUUAUGUAUACUAAAAUGCGAGAACAAAAGACGCUGGUACCAACAUCUCCCACCGCUGACGUACACCAAAGGCGAAUGCGGUUGCAUCUGUCCAUACAAUUGGAAGCCUGUGUGUGCCAGCGACUUCAAAACGUAUCCUAACGAGUGUGCUUUGGAUUGUGAGAAUCGGCGCCGCGCUCACGCUGGUUUACCACCACUGUAUAUAAUCCAGUAUGGGGAAUGUGGCUGCAAUUGUAAUUACAACUUCAAGCUCGAAGUCUGCGGCUCUGACGGACGCACAUACUAUAACAUCUGCUUCUUCAACUGCGCCAAUUUCUAUCUUAUUCGCAACGGCAAGCCAGCUAUCACCAUUAUUAAGAAUGGCCCUUGCUAAAUG